AUGGCUCUCGUCAUCGAAAAUAUCAGACUUCCAGGAGGCUUCCGCUUGGAUAUCCCAACUGAGAGCUUCCAUCAAAGCAAGCUCGGAAACGAAUCCUUGAAUAUAUUCGACGGAGAGCCUGAAGAGACAUAUGGAUCGGAGAAUCUCCAGACAUUCAAGACAACAGAAAUCCCGCUCCUCCCUCAGCUCGAAGCUCCUCUCGUCUGGACUGGAGAUGAUUUCAAGUCGGCGUCCGAUUACACCUACACGUUGACCAACGACGAAGUAAACGAGAUCGAGAAUGCUCUUGCACACUUUAAAGCUCUCGGCCUACGAGGAAAUGAAGUCGCUCCCACAACCUUCCCGCUCCCAACCCUCGGCUCCAAGCUCAAGUCUCUUUGCCACGAGCUCUUCUCAGGCCGUGGGUUCUUCAAUAUUCGGGGACUGGAACCCAAGAAAUAUACCCCGGAGGACAACGUCCUCAUCUUCCUGGCUGUUAGCAGCUAUCUCGCCAAUCGUGUCGGGAAGCAGGACGAUGAAGGUUUCAUGCUUGGACACAUCCGUGACUCGACCGAGUCUAGCACCAAGCCCGAGAUGCGGCCUUUCCGCGACUCGACUCUCCAGCUCACAUUUCACACAGACAGCUUCACAGAUCUCCUCGCCAUGCAGACCCGUGGGCUCGCAGCCAGAGGAGGUGGUCAGGUCUUUACUUCGUCAUGGAAGGUAUACAAUGAGCUCUUGAAAGAGCGACCCGAUGUCCUGCGAACCCUCGUCGAGCCUAACUGGUAUUUUGAGAACCGCGGAACGCUCGAAGACGGCAAACCUCGCGCCAUCAUCUUCCUCCAAGAUGGCAAAGUCGCCAUCAAUUUUGUCCGCUACAUGCUCCUCGGACGCGCCGGGCUCGCUCGAUCCCUCGAUCUCCCCGCCUGUACCCCAGCACAAGUCGAAGCUCUCGAUGUCCUCGAAGCUGUCGCAAAGAAGCAUCAGCUCCUGAUCCGCACACAGCCAGGUGACCUCACGUACUUUAACAAUCUUGCGCUCAUUCACUCGCGCGAGGCGUUUGAGAACGACGAGACCCAUGUCAGGCAUAUGGUACGCCUUUGGCUAAGGAACGAGGAACUUGCUUGGAAGACCCCGCUGGCUCUGCAAAGGGGAUUCAAUAAGGUUUUCUAUGAUGAAACUGUGGAGGAGCAAUGGAACAUUGCUCCACAGCCAAGAUUGAGCUUCAAGGUGCAUCAGACUUUGGGCCCAUGAGCAACUCGACGCUCGAGUGGAGAAGCAGAUAUUGCACAACCGUUUCUUUUCUCUGAUUUUGUUGUAACGAUGGCCUGUUGGAAAUGGGUUAUAGUCAAUUGUCAGAUGUCAGUCAUGAAUGGCGGAAAACACUCCUUUGAUGUUGAAUAACAUUUAUCUCGCAAUUAUAAUACUCAUCGCAACGGCGAAAGAG